CGAACUUGCCAAUGAUUUACUAAGAAAAAAGGCACGGCAGCUAGAUCAUUCGUCUUCAUUCUCCUCAGAGACAGCGGACUCACUAGGUCAAUUACCAAAUUCUAGGAGAAAAGAAUCACGUAUCAGUACCAACAAAGUACCUGAUAUCACUUCGUUUUUCCCGCAUCUUGAGGUGUUCACAAACAAUGAUGGCUAUCUGUUUCAAACUUAUUAUAGGCCUCCACGCCAAAAAGAUAGCGAUUCAUCAGUGAUUUUGGUGAUGCAUCACGGUGCUGGUUCAAGUGGGGCCACCUUCGCUAAAUUAGCACCGGCUAUUGAAAAACAAUGCGAGAUGCAAUCAAUUUCAAGUGUUCCAGGUGUAUUCACGUUUGAUAUGCGAGGUCAUGGGCGUACAGCAUUGCUCAACUCUUCCAGUGAGGAGAAUAGUAAGCUUUCGAUUGACAAUUUAUGUGACGACUUUCGCUUUUUGCUUCAAUGGUUUCAUGAAAAGUACUUUCCAGAGGGGCCUCCUCCAAGCUACUUUCUUGUCGGACACUCGCUUGGGGGGUCAAUCUUGACUAAGGUUAUAUCGGAUGAUGUAAACAAUAGUGCCUGUUUAAAGAAGAAUUUGGGGCAACUCGUUUCUGGUUUAGUCAUGAUUGACAUCGUCGAGGACACUGCUAUCAAAUCACUUUCUGCUAUGAACAGCUACUUAAAUACAAUACCUAAGCAGUUUCCAUCCAUUGAAGAUGCCAUUCGAUGGCAUAUCGAUUCAAAUUUGUUGCACAAUGUUGAUAGCUCACUAAUUUCUGUGCCAAGUUUGUUCACCCGCACCGACGAAGGACAUUAUAAAUGGAUCAUUGAUUUAAGGAAGACUGAACCGUUUUGGCACGACUGGUUUGAAGGUUUGUCAAAAAGGUUUGUCAGCAUACCCGAUCGCAUCUCCAAGCUACUCAUCUUGGCCAAUAAUGAUUACUUGGACAAAGACCUAAUGAUAGGACAGAUGCAAGGCAAAUACCAAUUGGUAGUUUUUCACAACAAUCAGCUGAAGCAUGCCAAUACACUCACCACAGCUACUCAAAGCAUACCAUCGCAAGACGCCAGCGACCUAGGGCAUUUUGUGCAUGAAGACAUACCACUCAAAGUAGCCGCAAGUCUGGUUGACUUUGUUGAGAGAAAUGAUUACAAAUUUGCAUCUACAAACUCGUCCUUAUCGAACUUUAAAUCUCAGGCGGACUUACUUAGUGCCUAUAACGCUAAAUGGGGAGUCUCCCAUUGAAUGCUGAUUGAGACUCAAAAAGUUAUCUGCCAAAAAAAAACAUGCCGUCCAAAGUUAGUCCACUGUCAUUGUACUAAGUGUUUCAUCCGUUCGCAGUUUUGAUAAAACGUCGUCUAUUUUUUGCCGCGCCCAACUGAAUUUUGGGUCUAUCAGGAAUGGGCGUAGAUCGAACCGAUUAUCAUCCGGAGAGUAUUGCUCUGCAUGGUAGGAGGGAGUGCUGACUGCUUGCUUAUGCCGAUUCACACUAUAAUACCAGAAAAAGUUCUUUACCUUGUCGGCAGUUUCUUCAGGAGUCUUCUUAUCACCCCAUAUAUGUAAUAGUUUGAUGAACAUGGAGUAUGGUCCGCAUUUGUCAACUUUCCGCAAUCUUCCAAACAUGCUUAAUUCUUCGUAAGUGAAUCCCAUAUCAGCUUCAUCCGACUGGACGUGGCUAUCAGUGAUCGGCUCUAGCUCAGCCGUUGGUGUAGCAUCCACAAAACUCUUCAAAAUAGGAAGCUCAAAUGCAUUUUCGGCCCAGAUUAUAAAUCUUAUCAAAUCUGAUUUCGAUAUUCCACCAAUUGGAUUAAUGUCGGCUGAUGAGCAAUCGUACUUAGUCAAGUAACCCCUUAGCUGUUCGUCCACAUUUGCAGACCCUAAAACCAAAAGUCCACCUGUGUUGUUCCUUCCUCUAACCCAUGGUAAAAGCUGAGCAAAUAGGUAAGCGAGUACCAUUCUUAGCCGGGCUUGAAUGUUUUGAAGCGCUAGGUUCUCUAUAUUGGAUCCACCAAAUAUCUUAAAAACUGGCUUCUUUCCUGUCGUCACCUCAAACACACUGAUAGUGGCUGACACAAGAGAAUCCAUAUUCAAAUCGACAUGAUAAGAUCCUAUUUUUUCCGCAAGUUCUUUAGCUCUGCUUCUAGUGUCCACCGAGGAAUUUUUGGUUCCCAUAUAGCACGUAUGAAAAAUCUUUCCAGCCAGGACUUGAGGUGAAGAGGGAAUCCAGCCUUGAGGCAUAUUUGCGACUGCUUGCACAUCUUCUAUAACCCUUUGAUUGCCCUCUUUACAAGCCUGGACAACUAAUCGGCACAUCGAAUGCACUAUAAUAGAUGUUGCACAGCUAUCGAUUCCUCCACUCAAUGGUAUAAAAAACCCAGAGCCCUUGCUUCGACGAACAUAAUCCCAUAGCCAGCAUGCUGGUCCGUACGCAAUCUCCUCCUCUGGUUUGUAGUAUUUUAACUGCUGUGGAACGGAAGGACUGAUUUUCAUGUCAAAGUUCAUGGAGUCAGGGCUUAGUUCUGCAGGAACAUGAACUCGUUCAUAUCUUGGCGUUAAGCGGCUCUGAAGCCCAUGAGAAAUUAAUGCUCUGUAAGCCCUCACUUCCUCCAAAUCGACAGUUGCCGUUAUGACUUCAACAUCGUUCAAAGAGAAUUGAGAUCCCUGAGCCACCACCUUUCCGUUCAUUGCGAUGAGCGCACAACCAUCAUAGUACAAACGGUCUCCGUCGCAACCCCUUUGGUUGGCAUACAAAUAAAUGCCUCCACAUUUUCUAGUGGCUUCAAUGAUCAUGGCCAUUCUUGUGUCUAAUUUUCGCAAUUCGUGAUGCGAUCCUGAAGAAUUGCUGAUAAUCUCAAUGCCAUCUAAUGCCAUGGAUAUGUGAGGGGCUUGAGGAGUAAAUAACUCUUCACAUGUUUCUGCUCCCAUACAUGUAUCCAAAGUACUUAUCACUGCAUCACCAAAUCUAACGGUAAUUUGAUUCGUUAUCCUUUGAAUCAUUCGAGGCAAAAUAUAAUCCUCAACAUACUGAGUUUUCAGCCAAGGGGUAAAAUACCUCAUCUCUCGAUAGUUUCCGUCAUUUGCAAGAACAAUUUUUGGGCGGAUUAAUAGGAUCUGACCGUUGUAAGACAGAACACGGCAGUUGUAUCUACGGUUUCUAUGCAUAAUGGGCAUUCCAAUAUCAAGAAGAAUUCCAAAAGUCCGAUCAUCUGUCAAAAUUGAGGCAUACAUUUCCCAUGAAUGUAGGUAAACAUCAUUUUCCAGAAAGUGGUCUAAACAACCAUAACCCGGAAUUUCCAGUUCCGGCCCCACUCUUAAAGACGCUUUUCUUCUUUUUGCUUCCAAUAUUGAUUCAAGGAUUCGAUCUCUGUUACCCUCAAAAUCAAGGGCCCACUGAUUUAACGCACACGUAGCCAGUGUAAUAUAAUGAGGCAUUGUAU